AUGGCCGCAUCCCACAUAAACACCUCGGCUAGCCGGCCGCCAGCAAAUGUCGCACGCCAGAGAAACGAGGCUAAAGGAUCACACGGACACGCGCGCCAGACAUCGGACUCCAGCGCCCGGCGCAGAUCGCGUCGCUCGUUCCUGCGCAGAUUCAAGAAUCAUGCCGCCGAGCAUACCUGGCUGGUUCCGCUGGUCCUGAUCCUUGCCUUUGUCUCUCUGUAUGCGAUCAAUCCCUCCGAGUCAAAUAUCAUCCAUCAUUUCAUCUUUCUGUCAUACAAGCUACCGGCUGUGGACGGCGAGCCCGCGCAGUAUGGAAAGGGACUGUGGGAUGUUGCUUUCGUAUCCUUUUACACGAUCGUGCUCUCCUUCACCCGCGAAUUCAUCAUGCGGGAACUUUUAAGGCCCUUGGCGCGUUUCUGCGGUAUCAAGUCUCGAGGCAAGCAGUUGCGUUUCAUGGAGCAGAUGUAUACGGCUAUCUAUUUCGGGACGACCGGCCCGGCGGGUCUGUAUGUGAUGCGUCAGAGUCCGGUGUGGUAUUUCGAUACCCGGGGCAUGUAUGAGCAUUUCCCGCAUCGGACUCAUGAGGCGGCGUUCAAAUUCUAUUACUUGUUUGAGGCGGCGUAUUGGGCUCAGCAGGCGAUUGUUAUGUUGCUUGGUCAGGAGAAGAGAAGAAAGGACUUUAAGGAGCUUGUCGCUCAUCAUAUUGUUACCUUGUCUCUUAUUGGGUUGAGCUACAGGUUUCAUUUCACUUAUAUGGGAAUUGCUAUUUACAUCACUCAUGAUAUCAGUGACUUUUUCCUCGCUGUGUCCAAGUCGUUCCACUACAUCGACUCGGACUUGGUCAUCCCCUUCUAUGCCAUCUCGGUGGGCUCGUGGAUCUACCUGCGUCACUACCUGAACCUGGGCGUCCUUUACUCCAUUUUGACCGAGUUCCGCACUGUCGGUCCUUACGAGCUGAACUGGGAGACUCAGCAGUACAAGUGCUGGAUUUCCCAGGUCAUCACUUUCGUCUUGCUGGCCUCGCUUCAAAGUCUCAAUCUUUUCUGGUUGUACUUUCUCAUGCGCAGUGCGUGGAAGCUCCUCGCCUAUGGUGAGAAAAAGGACGACCGGUCUGAGGUUGAGGAGUCGGAGAUCGAGGAAAUGAUGCAGAAACAGCAAGCGAAGGCCAAGGCUUCAUGA